UAGGCCAUUAUAUAUUUUAUCUGUUAAAUGUAACUGCUCCAAUCAGAUGCUAUCAUAUCUGUGAGAUUAUAUACAGAUAAGCUUCCACAAUGAAUUGAAGGGCUAGCUAUUCCGUUUUCAUAAAGUAGGGAAAGAGAUCGAUCUUCUUCUUCAUCUUUCUUCUCCUUUUCUAUUCUUGGUUUCUUCUUUUAGAAAUGAACGUGAAGGGUAUCAUGGAUGGUAAAAUUGAAGCUGGGAACACCAAUUGUAUUGUUAAGGAGGAUGUGAAUGAUGAUUCGAUAUCCAUUGGAUCAGUAUCAGAAGAUUCAAUGAACUCUGUGUGUUCAUCUUCUUCAUCAGAAUUGGCUGAGGAUGCAUCAUCCUCUUCAGCAUCUUAUUUGUCAACCUCAUCAUCGCAUUCAAACGGCCCUUUGUUUGAACUAUCAGAGCUAAUGAGUCAACUCCCUAUCAAGAGAGGCUUGUCUAUGUUUUAUCAAGGGAAGGCUCAGUCUUUCAGUUCUCUAGCAAGCGUGGAGAGCAUAGGGGAUCUUCCUAAGAAGAAAGAGAGAUUUUACAGGAAGAAAAUGAAAUCAUGCAAAAGCUUCGCGGGAGGCUUGGAUAGCAGCCACAGAAUAUCGUUCGCUCCAAAGGCUACAAUAUCAAAGAAAUCUUCGAGAGCAACUUUUGUAUCCGUGCUAACUAAAAGAGGGAGUUUCCUUGGAGGCUCCAGAACUUCCUUUUCUGUACAGAAGAACUUUUGAUAUCCAACCUUGUUAAUUAGAGCUUAGUUAAUAUUUCAUGCACAAAAUAGGGAAAAUUUUGAGUCCCUCACCUUCAGCUUUUCUCACACGAAGAAGUCAUGUCAUAUUGUUUAUUGGUAAAUAAUUAAUAUACAUAUGAUUCAUUAAUUAGUAUACCAUUA